UGGAGUAAAAUACGUCCUAUUAUUACGUCACUCAAUAAACAGUAAUAAUGUGUAGUAAUCAAUUAUUGAAUUUAUAAAUUGAUUAACAAAUCGGAAAUACGGGAGUCGAAUUUUACUGGGUUAAGGUGCACUACACAUUAGUUAUUUUUGUAAUUAUAACAGUUUACUAUGGGUAAUCUGAAAGGAGAUUUGGAGAAGCUGAAACUGCAUAGAGAUAAUAAUAUUCGAGAUAGCAGAGAAGUUGUCCAGAUCUGGAAUGCAUCAAUUUCUUCUAAUAUUGAGAAUUUAGGGAAAGAAAAGCACAUAGUCUUAGAACAGAUAUGCAUUGCUGCUAUUGAUUGCUAUCAACUCAAGAUAGCAGAACGCUGCAUUCAAGAAUUAUACAGAGAGUUCCCAAAUAGUUGUAGAGUUCGGGUAUUGGAAUCCAUGUUUCAUGAAGCUGAUGAGAACUAUAGCAGGUCACUGCAAAUUCUCAAUGACAUCAUUAAAGUAGACAGCACCAACAGUUCAGCAAGGAAACGUAAAAUCGGAAUUUGUAAAGCACUUGGUAGAAAUUCUGAAGCCAUCAAAGAGCUAGUUGAAUACUUGAAAAUUUUUAUGGCCGAUGUUGAAGCUUGGCAAGAACUAAGCGAAUUGUACUUGAACGAACACGACUACGGCAAAGCUGCAUUUUGUGUUGAGGAACUGAUACUACACAAUCCACAUAAUCAUUUACUGCAUCAGAGAUACGCAGAUAUUAAAUAUAGCCAAGGAGGCCUAGAUAAUAUUGAGAUUGCUAGGACAUACUAUUAUCAAGCACUGAAAUUGAAUCCAAAGAAUAUGAGAGCUUUGUAUGGAAUAUACUUGUCUACCUCUGCCCUGCUGAAUAACCAGAAAAUUUUUACUGGAAAGAAGAAAGAAGCUGCCAUCAAAAUCAUCGAUUGGUCUCUCAAGGAAAUAAAGAACAGAUAUGCUGAGGUGAGCUCUGCUGAAAUAGAAGAAUCUUUAGCUGCACUAGAAAUCUAGGUAUUAGAGCUGUUUCAGCUCGAUUGAAUGUUAUUUUGAAUCGAUUUAUAUUUAAAAAAAUAUAUGUUGUGAUAGUCACUUGUAAUUGGUGUAAGAAGGAGAGUAUUUUUUUUAGAAAUGUCAUUCCAAAUAAAGAAAAUUCAUGAAUAA